AUGUGUUCCCAAGUUCUGCUUAAUGGCAAAACAUAUGCAGCUCUUCUGAAAUCAGGAGCCGUGAUUUUGGAUGCCUGGGAAAGCCCUCUGGACGAUCUAGUGAGUGAAUUAUCUACCAUAAAAAAUGUCCCUGAUAUAAUCAUCUCCAAAGCCACAGACAUAAAGAAAAAGAUCAACGCAGUCCGGAACGGGGUUAAUGCCCUCAUGAGCACCAUGCUUCAGAAUGGAGAUGAAGAAAAGAAGAACCCUGCCUGGUUCUUGCAAUCUGACAAUGAAGAUGCUCGCAUUCGUUCUUCAUAUGGCAUGAUCAGCUGCCUAGACAAUGACUUUGAGAAGGUUGAUAUUUAUCUCAACGUCCUGAAGUGUUACAUGUUAAAAAUAGAUAACUGCUGAUACUUCUUUCAUGUGCUCUGCUUCUGAAAUAUCAUGUAGCAUCCUUCAAAUUUGUAUCUUUUGAAUUUGUUGUUGACUCAUUUAAAAAUAAAAAGUGGCUCUCAGAAA